GUUUCCCAGUGUUUCAGGACAUACAUCAUCCAGCUGGCUGCGACACCAUUGUGUGAGGGAGUCGGGGGUGACGGCGUGGCCGCAGGACAUCUCUGCUCUGAGACCAUCGUCUUCAUCACACACUGGAUCCAGGUCGUCCUUCCUCUUCACAAACUUCAGGGUGGUGUCCCGGGGGUCGUACCUCUUCUCCACCUGCUCCUGUCCCCGCAUGCUCAUCGUGAUUGUCCUGUAAGUGGACAAAAAACAAUGAUUUCUGACAAGAUGAGUCGAUACAUAAAAAACCCCAUUGUUUCAAAACAUUUUCAUUUGAAAGGCAUCAGGUAUGACGUUGUUGAAAAAUUCAGAGAGAAACUUGACAGCUUCACUAUCUCAGAUUACCAUGGCCUUAACAGUCCAGGUCUGACCUGCUAUCUGAACAGUAUUCUUCAGGUGCUUUACAUGACCGAAGACUUCCGGGAGGCUGUACAUUUAAAACAUAAAGAUUCAACAACCAUUGACUCACAGCUGGGAGGACUGUUUGCUGAUUUACGAAAAAGAAUUGCCAAAACACUUGACGUCACAGAAAAACUGGGGAUCACUAACGUAUAUGAGCAACGCGAUGCUGCUGAGUAUUUUGAGAAGAUCCUGUGUAUGACCAGUCCGGUUGCAGCCCAGAUAUUCAAAGGGGAGCUGAAUCACAUCACAACAUGCCUGAAAUGCAAAGAGAGGAACCAGUCCAGGAGCUUUUUUUGGGUUCUGCCACUUGCAAUAGAAGACUUGCGUGGUCACAUCUACAGCGUGGCGAAAGGGUUAAAGGCAUUCUUCAAGGGGGAUAAAGUCAGCGGGGACGACAAGAUGUACUGCAACCAGUGUAAUAAAAAGCAAGACGCAGUGUUGCGAUGUGAGAUAACAACACAUCCAGGGAUUUUGACCCUCCUGUUGAAGAGAUUCAGCUUUGACUACAAGCUCAGGUGUUACGUUAAGCUCCACUGCAACGUGGAUGUACCGAAAUCUCUGUUCAUCGGGAAAUGCAAAUAUGACCUCUACGCUUUAGUGAACCACUUUGGGAAUCUAACAGGGGGUCAUUACACUGCGCACAUCAAAUCUAUUGAAACGGACAGGUGGUAUCACUUUAAUGACAACAUUGUUAACAUGGUUCAACCACCACUCAUUGGGGCUGAACAUGACUCCCUAAGGUCCUGUACAGCUUACCUCCUCAUGUACAAGAAGGUGAGCAGACAUCCUGAACAAAAUGAUGAAAGCGAGGAUGAUUUCCGUUCACAUUCAGGAGUCGAUGCUGAAGGAAGACAAGACGAGACAGAGAGAGGAGAGCUUCCUGUUCCUCACCAUCAACUCAAUGAUGGAAGCUGCCAUGGAGGGGGAAACCUGAAGCUCCUGAACGCACCUUGUGUGAAGCCAGGCAGAAAAGACUCUGGAGCAGAUGGAGACUGUUUGCAAUCACACAAGUCAGAUUUUCCAACGCUACAAAAGAGUCACGAGAUCAGACAGCAGCUUGAUAGGAACUCAGAGGAGCCCAUGCAGCUUUUACACACCAGAGGGAAACACUCGGAACAUUUGGGAACACACGAGAUAAACCAUGUGUUAGAGCAAUCCACAAAGAAAACACUGGAGGUGAAUGAGACUGUCUGGGGAACACAGAAAACUAAAGGAAGCCUUAGAAAUAGAGUCAAACAUGUGGAAGCAGAAGAACAUUUGUGUAGUUCUGAUGUAAAGUCACUUCCUGUUUCCUCUUCUUCUUCACUUACAAACUUGAAAGGACACAGGCCGAUUAAAGUUUCCAUGCAGCCAUCCAUUAAGUGUAACAACUCUCCAAAACUAUGCAGAAAAUCCAACAAUUCGAUGAAAGACGGAGAGACCAGUCAGAAUGUUGUGACUGCAGAUUGCACACAAACUGUGAGAAAAGGAGGGAAAAGUCCUGAAGAUAGAGGACAGUCUGCAAAGAGCAGGGACAGAGCGCCAUGGAAGUGAUGAAAUAACAGGGAUAAUAUCUGUAUUUUUGAUAUUUUGACAUGUUAAUGCUUUUUAAAACGGCAUUUAUAAUAAACUUGAGAAUUGAAAA